AUGCCAAAGGAAAAAUAUGAUCCCCCAGAUCCUCGCAGAAUUUAUACCAUCAUGUCAGCAGAAGAGGUAGCCAACGGGAAGAAGUCGCAUUGGGCCGAAUUAGAGAUCUCGGGUCGAGUGCGGAGCUUGAGUUCCUCGCUUUGGUCGCUGACACACCUGACUGCUCUGCACCUCAAUGACAAUAAUCUCACUCGCAUUCCACCUGAUAUUGCCAAGCUUCAUAAUCUGGUUUACUUGGAUCUGUCAUCCAACAAACUCAGAAGUUUACCAGCAGAACUAGGAAACAUGGUAUCUCUCAGGGAAUUGCUUUUAAAUAACAAUCUGUUACGGGUUUUGCCUUAUGAACUUGGACGGCUCUUCCAGCUACAAACUCUAGGUUUGAAAGGCAAUCCUUUAUCACAAGAUAUUCUCAGCCUCUACCAGGAUCCGGAUGGAACUCGGAAGCUACUGAACUACAUGCUUGACAAUCUAGCAGGUGACAGCCCAACACAUCUGAUUGACAGCAGGGUUCAUCCAGAGCAGCUGCCUCCAAGGCCAUGGAUUACUUUAAAAGAACGAGACCAAAUUCUGCCCUCAGCUUCAUUCACAGUUAUGUGUUACAAUGUGUUAUGUGAUAAAUAUGCCACCCGGCAGCUCUAUGGCUACUGCCCGUCCUGGGCACUCAACUGGGAGUACAGAAAAAAGGGAAUCAUGGAAGAAAUUGUCAACUGUGAUGCAGAUAUAAUUAGUCUGCAGGAAGUGGAAACAGAGCAAUACUUCACCCUUUUUCUGCCAGCCUUGAAAGAACGAGGAUACGAUGGAUUCUUUUCUCCAAAGUCGCGUGCCAAAAUCAUGUCUGAGCAGGAGAAAAAGCACGUGGAUGGCUGUGCAAUAUUCUUCAAAACUGAAAAGUUCACACUGGUGCAGAAGCACACAGUGGAGUUCAACCAAGUGGCCAUGGCCAACUCUGAAGGCUCAGAAGCCAUGUUGAACCGCGUGAUGACCAAGGACAACAUCGGAGUUGCUGUGGUGUUAGAGGUGCACAAGGAACUCUUUGGAGCAAGUGAAAUGUCUUUUUAUCAAGGUAUGAAAUCGCUUCAUGUGGACAAGCAGCUGCUGAUUGUGGCCAAUGCCCACAUGCACUGGGACCCUGAAUACUCAGAUGUGAAACUCAUUCAGACUAUGAUGUUUGUCUCGGAACUGAAGAAUAUCCUUGAGAAAGCCUCCAGCAGGCCCGGGAGCCCAACAGCAGAUCCUAACUCUAUCCCUCUGGUGCUGUGUGCAGAUCUCAACUCGUUGCCUGAUUCAGGUGUGGUGGAAUACUUAAGCAAUGGCAUUGUGGCUGACAACCACAAGGACUUCAAGGAGCUGCGUUACAACGAGUGUCUGAUGAACUUCAGCGGCAACGGCAAGAACGGGGCCUCGGAGGGAAGGAUCACGCACGGCUUCCAGCUCAAGAGCGCCUACGAAAACAACCUGAUGCCUUACACCAAUUACACUUUUGAUUUCAAAGGUGUGAUUGACUACAUUUUCUAUUCCAACACUCACAUGAACGUGCUUGGUGUCCUGGGGCCUUUGGACCCUCAGUGGCUGGUUGACAACAACAUCACUGGGUGUCCACACCCUCACAUCCCUUCCGACCACUUCUCACUGUUAACACAACUCGAACUCCAUCCUCCGCUCCUGCCUCUUGUCAACGGGGUGCACUUGCCUAACAGGAGGUAGUGGCACCUUGUCCCUCAGAAGGCAAGGACCUGUUGUCAUGGACCUGUACAGUUGUAAAUCGAAUUAUAGAGGAGUGAAGUAUGGCCAACCUUAAGCUGCUUCUCCAAGCUCCUUUUCUUACGUGUUUGAUAAGAGAUUUUGCACAUUUUUGGUGCAUAUUGGUAUCAUUUGGCACUAGGGCUGGAACCAAAGUAUUAUUCCCUUUCCAGGUUUUUAAUUUAAU